AUGUCCUCCAUAUUUAAGAAAAAGGAAAAUAAGGAUGGUACGCUCAAGGUCUCGGGCAAGCUCAACAAGAGCCAAGCCAGCAGCUUGGCCUUGCUUAUCGCCCAGAUGCAAAAGAAUGCCGACCAGGUGGAGAAAGACAUCCUCCGGGCGGAGGAGCUGCUGGCUGUGGAUGCUGAAAAUGACAAGAAAGAGCUCCCCUUCGAGCAUCAGACUCCAGUCUCAGUCAAGCUGGGCGAGGCUGAGGGCCUGCUGAAGGAUCUUUUCCUGGACGUCGACAAAGCCAAGAAGCUCAAACACCCGCAGGCCAGAGAGAUAGAGAGCGAUGUCAUCCACCUCCACGAGCGCUGGCUGAAGGAUUGCGCCUUCUACCGAGACAUCUAUGAGCAGAUUGACGACGUGUCGCUGAUGCCCAGAAUCGACUGGGGGCCUGUUUUCAACCAGAAACAAAAAGAGGUGGGCACUGAGGAGUACGGCCCCACCAUGGCAGACCUGGAGAAGCAGAUCGCCGCUCACAACAUCCUGCACAAAGAGAUCGAGGCGUACAGCCCGCAGCUCUGCGUCAGCUCCGCUGGCAGCAAGGAGAAAUAUACAGCCCUCAAGAAACAGUACAACAAUCUACUGGACAACUCCAAGUGGCGUCGACACUACCUGAGCAGCCUGUACGAAUACAUGCAGGGCUGUAACAAAGAAGUGGCCUUCCUAGAAGAAGAGCAGGAGAAGAUCAGAACACAGGACUGGAGCGACCGUAUGGUGGAUCCACCUGAUGUUCGCAGGCAGUAUGAGAACUUCAAGAACAACAGUCUGCUGUUACAUGAGAGCGAAGUGAACAAACUCCAGGAUGAAGGAGACAGACUUGUUGAACUGAAGCACCCUGCCACCACCACAAUACAGGCUCAGAGAGAUCUCGUACGAAACGAGUGGCAGAAAUUCCUCAAUCUCUGCAUUUGUCAAGAGAUGCACCUGGACAACGUAGAGGAAUUCAAAAAGUAUCAAAUGGACACAGAGCAACUGUCAGAGACACUGACCAAACUCAACAACAACCUGGACCCCAAAACUACCAACAAGAAGAGCAACUCAGAGACGCUGCUGCAGCUCGAGGCGGAGGAGAAAACUGUGCAGAACAGCGAGCAGCUGCUGGCAGACCUGAGGAGACGCAGCACCAGCAUCGCCCCUCUGAAGCUACGCCGCACUGCCCCCAACAGACCCACCACAGUGGAGUCCCUGUGUGACUGGGAGUCCGACAAGGCGUCUCUGUCGAGAGGGGAGAAGUUCACCUUGAAAUCUAACUCAGACUCUGAGAACUGGGACGUUAUUUCCACCGAUGGGGCAACUAAAACCUUCCCAGGAGUUUGUUUCCAGAUCCCACCGCCUGAUCCAGAGGCCAUUGACAAAGUGGACCUUUUGGGUGGUGAACUGACAGACGUCAAGACGAAGAGAGCCGCUCUGGCAGCGUCCCUGAAGAAUCACAAAUCAGAAGUUUCCAGACCCCAGCAAUCAGCUCCAGUGUCUUCUGCCCCACCGGACCCCAAAGCGGCAGCGGUGGCUCAGGAGUUGGACAAGCUGGACAAUGACCUGGUCGAUGCUGAGGAGGCCAUGCUGAACCGCCUGAGGGCCCCACUGAGCCGCACGGACCCCACCGGAGAUCUGGCCAAAAGGCUGAAGGAGCAGGAGCAAGCUGCCAAGGAGCUGGAGGCUCUUGAGAAGCAGAAGCUUGCAGCUCAGUCUGACCUGGAGCCCCUGCUGUCCAAAGAUCCCAGUGAUACCUCCUCUGCAUUAGCACUGAAACUCAGCACUGCCAAGAACAAGCAUGACAGCAUCGCUGAACUCGCUGACCUCUACACCAAGAAAGCAAAUGCGUCUCUCAACCUGGAGGAUCAGAUAAAGAAGGUGGAUGGCCUCGUCUCUGGGUUUGAGGAGAAGUUGAUUCAAGACGGUCCAGUCCCUGAUGUGCCAAAUGCAGUCCAAGCUCGCACUGAGGAGAUUCAAUCCCAGCGAAAGUCUGUGGCAGCGGCUGAGGACGACAUGAAGAAGCUGAGUAAGGAUCUAGAGGCCACAGAGCAGCUGUGCAGCUCUCUGCAGCAGGGCCACCAGGAGUACUGCCCUGACAUCCAGCGCCAGAGAACAGAGGUCAAGCAGCUGCAGACUCGCUACGCAAACAUUGCCAAUCAGCUGAAGGAGAGGGAAAAAAUCUUACAAGAAACUGCAACCAAGAACCAGGAGUUCCAAAACACGUCCAAAUCCCUGAAUUCCUUCCUGGACAACCUGCCGACAAACCAGAUAAACCACAACGAUGAUCUGUCUCAGGUCACUGCCAAGCAGAGCUCCCAGGAGAGGGUGAUGGAUGACCUGAAGCGGAAGGGAGAUGAUAUGGACAGAGUGGUGGACCUGUCUCAAGACCUGCAGAAUCUACUCAAUGAGUAUGAGACCAACGUUGAUAAAUACAACAGUACACAGGAGGAUGCUGGAGCCACUGUUGCAAAGAAACCUGAUGUGCUCUCACUUGCUGAUGCAGUUCAGAAAGAGGAAAAAGAUCUGGUCAACCGUUAUGCUGAAGCAACAGCUGAAAACACCCAACGCCAAAAGCAGAUGAACUUGGCUAAGAAUCUCAUUUUACAAAAUGAAGAGAAAGUUCAAAUGGUGGCACAACAACAGGUGCAGCUUGAAAGCCAGCAGAAGAGUAGUUUUGAGCUAGACAGUCUGUUAAAAGAGCUGGAUGAUGAGAAGGAGAGGACAACUCAUGCCCAAACAGAGCUGAGAACCUUCAAAGACAGGAUGAUGUCACUAAAGAGUCGCAGAGGGGUGGAGCGUGUUGAGGAAAAAGAAGUCCUGCAGUACUACCGUGACCCAAAACUGGAGAGUGAUGUGGCUGAUCUUCAGAACAAACUGCAUGAAGAGGCCCUAAGGCGUAACACCACCCAGGCUGAGGUUGAGGUUCUUAACAAUAAAAUCGCUGUCCUGGAGGACACCCUUAAAAACACUCCACCCAAACUGGUAACCAGGGAGGUGACAGAGUUUGAGAAAGAUCCUCAACUAGAUGUGGAGGCCGCCAAGCUGAGAGAUGAAAUAGCGAAGAUGAGAGAUGAAAUCCGAGGUCUAGAUGGGCAGCAGAUUCAGAUGGAGACAGAAGUCUCGAUUCUCCAGCAGAAGAAGCAACCCAUCAAAGAGAAGGUGGUUAAGAAGGAAGUGGUGAAAGUGGAAAAGGACCCAGAGAUGCUGAGAGCAGUGCAAACAUUUGAGACGGAAAUCUCUGAUGAGACCAACAAGAGCAAGCUCCUCAACGACGAAAUCUUCCAGACAAGGAGCCAGAUUAAUGCACUUGAGAGGCUGAUUCCUAACAUCCAGCCUAAGAUUGUCACUAAGGAAGUGAAAAAGAUUGAACAAGACCCUGACCUCAUCAGUGAAUCGAAGAAUAUUCAAACAAGCAUGGAGAAUGAGAAGGCUGAAAACAACUCUUUGUCCAAAGACCUGAUGGAGCUCCAUAGUCGCUACCGAGAAGUUCAAGACUUGAAACCAAAAGUCGAGGUGAAGGAAAUAGUUAAUGAGAUCUACCGGAUAGAUCCAACCACAGAGGUGGAGAUAAUGCGUCUAAGGAAAGACAUACAAGACUCCAACAAGCAGUGCUCUGAUCUGGAUAGGGAGAUCACCCAGGUCACGUCUGAAGUGAAAGACCUUCGCUCUGAGAAACCAAAGGUGGAGAUAAAGGAAGUUCUCCAAGAGGUGGUUAAGGAGGAAAGAAGCCCUGAAAAUGAGAGAGAAAUUCACAGGCUAAAUGAUCAGGUGAACCAUUUACACACCGUUUACAACUCCCUCCAAGACCAGGUGAGACUUCUCAGGACAGACAGAGAUGAAUGGAAGGCUGAAAAGUCCAAGAUAGAGACCCAACUCGUCACCAAAGAAGUCAUCAAGUAUGAACCUGAUCCUCUAUUUGAGAAAGAAGCUGACCGCUUGAGAAGAGAUGUGCGUGAGGAGGCAAAGCUGCGGCGCACCAUCGAAGAGAUGGUGUUUGACCUGCAAAACAAAUCCAUCCUGUUGGAGAGACAGAAACCUGAGGAGAAAGUAGUUGUGCAGGAGGUUGUCCGUUUACAGAAGGACCCAAGGCAGAUAGUUGAGCAUGAGAUGCUCAGCAGGAACCUGGAUGAAGAAGUAAAGACGCGGCGUCAGCUGGAGCUGGAGUCGCAGCAGAUGAGAUCAACGGUGGAAGACAAAGAGAGGGUCCUCAGAGAGAGUGAUGAGCAUCAAAAGAGAGUUCAAGCAGAGUCUGAGGUCAGAGAUCUCAAACGGCGCAUCACACAGCUGGAAAAUGCCCCACCACCUGUUGAGGAAAGUAUUGUAGUUGAGGAGGUACUGAAGGUUGAGAGAGACCCAAAACUGGAUAGGUUGACAAACAGUGUGCGGUCAGACAUGGACAAGGAAACCAACGACAUCCUGCGUCUCCAGAGAGAUAUCCGUAGCACCAAUGUCAAGCUUGAGAUCCUACAGAGAGAGAAGUCUGGUGAGAAGACGGUGUACAAAGAGGUUGUCCGUGUUGAGAAAGACCAGGCUGUCGAAGCAGAGAGGGAUCGCCUGAGGGAACAGGUAUCUGAGCAUAAAUUUGCCAGGCAGGACUUGGAGGAUGAAAUCAGACGUCUCAAUGAUAAAAUCAACCAUCUGACAAGCUCCAAGUCCAGCACUUCAAGAGAGGAGGCUUCCCUUACUUCGAACAGAGAUGCCUUACAGAGGGAGAGGGACAACCUCACUCAUGAGCUUAAGACACUCGAGGCCAAGAAACAUGACAUCAGCCUGUCGUUCCAGCAGCAGAGCAAGCUGAUGAGUGAGAGGACAGAGAUGAGCAGGAAGAAGAGCAUUAAGAUGGACUCUGACAUCCAGCGUUUGGAGAGGGACAUCCUGGAUGAAAAAGACAACAUUCACCAGCGAGACAACACCAUCCGAGAUCUCCAACUGAACCUGCAGAAAGAGGAGCAUGCUGAAACAAGAACCAAAGAGACCAAUGUCUCCACCAAAAUCACCAUUCUGGAUCCAGAUACAGGCAAAGACAUGUCUCCUUAUGAUGCCUACCUGCAGGGCCUGAUUGACCGUCAACAGUACAUUCAUCUGCAGGAGCUGGAGUGUGACUGGGAGGAGAUUACUUCCAUGGGACCUGAUGGGGAGACAUCUGUACUGCAGGAUCGCAAGAGUGGCAAGCAGUACCCCAUUAAAGAUGCCCUGAAGGCAGGCAGGCUGACAGAACAUGAGUUUAAAAAGUACAAACAAGGCAAAAUCCCCAUCUCAGAGUUUGCCUUGAUGGUUGCGGGUGAAAACAAGAAACAGCCCCAGUUCAACUCAAUCACCCCAAAGUCCACCACACCAGUGAAUUCAGCCCCUCCUAGUCUCUCCACUGCAACAGAAAUCUGCCCAAUUGCUGGAAUAAUGGAUACAAACACUGACACCUGCUUCACAAUACGCAGUGCCGCCAUUCGUAAACUGAUCGACUCCACCACCGCCCAAAGGCUUCUGGAGGCUCAGGCAGCAACAGGUGGCAUCAUUGAUAUCAACACCAAAGAGAGAUUCACAGUUCACAAGGCAGCACCCAGAGGUCUCAUUGAGGACAGUCAACUCCAGAGGCUACUCAAUGCACAAAAGGCCUUUACUGGCGUUGAGGACCCCAUGACCAAAGAGCGUUUGUCUGUGGGAGAGGCUGUCCAGAAAGGCUGGAUGCCAAAGGAAACGGCCAUUCGCCACAUGGAGGCACAGCACCUGACCGGAGGGCUAGUGAAUCCUAACACUGGCUGCAGAGUAAGCAUCUUGGAUGCCAUUGGGUCCAAAAUGAUCGACAGCACAAUGAUGAGGGAGCUGCAGGCUGAGACGACCUACAUCAAGGAUAUUGUAGACCCUGUCACAAAGGAGAAGAUCAGCUACAAACAAGCUCUGGAUCGCUGUAAGAAAGACCCAAUGUCAGGCUUACCAAUGCUGCCAGCCUCCUCCAAAGAGCCCGGUUACACUCCAGCGUACAACUCUCAUAGAUAUGCAAGAUUCUAGAUAUGUUUACAACGUACUUAGAGUUAUCUGAUUUGUGGAGCAAUAAAUGGAAAAAUGUACUAUUACAUUUGAGAUCAUAUUGUACAAACAUGAAAAAAUGCAUACAUUAAUUACAAUGUACAUUUGGACUCAGGAAAAGUCUCUAAUGCAAAGCUUUCUGUCUAGCCAAAAUGAUUGCUGCUGAGUUGCCUUUGUUUACUUAACAUAUCUGAAUGGGCAAUGUUUUUUGAUUUUAUUUAAAACAGAAUAUAAAUGCAGUUUGUCUGAUAUUAUUGUGUUAUUAGGGAUAUUGGGGCAUGGUGCAAUGCUAUUUACCAAGAUUGAUUUGAUUCUGUAUUACUCAUGGGCAAUCCUUGACACUGUUCACUUUAAACUCAAUCUUGUUUGAUACUUUAUGA